CAGAUUACGACAUUGUGAAGCUGUACUAACCACACACCAAGACUAUUUUCUACUUCACUGGACAAGGAUUCACCCACAUCAGCAAACCUGUCAGAAUAUUAUAAGAAGUUUGAUUGGCGGAUAAAAAUAAACAGCUCAACACACGAAGACAAACUUUCAGUCUACACGCAUCAAAGAGUUGUCCUGUCCUCGAGUCUUUAGGUCCUACAGGACUUUUUUUUUACUACUUGGAAGUUUAUGUAUUCGUUGAUCAGUUUUACUUGUGUAAGAUGUAAUCAGAUGGAUAUGUAAUGUGAACAGGACCUAUUUGUUACAUUUUAUGAGGAUAUUAGUGACGUCAUGACAACGAUGACUGCAGGGAAGGGGCGGCCACCGGACAGUCGGAUUGUCGUUCUUGGGAACUCUGGAGUCGGGAAAUCAGCCUUGAUUGUGAGGUUCUUGACCAACAGGUUUAUAUGGGAGUAUGACCCUACAUUAGAACGGACGUACAAGCACCAGACCCUGCUAGAUGACGAGCCCACGCUAAUGGAGAUAUUGGAUACAGCUGGACAGGAGGAGACAAUCCAGCACGAGGGCAACAUCCGGUGGGCAGACGGCUUUGUCCUGGUGUACGCCAUCAACGACCGUCAGAGUUUCGAGGCCGCGGGGGUCAUCAAGCAGCACCUGGACCAGGUCAAGAAGACCAACGUCUUGUGUACGCUGGUGGGUAACAAGGUUGACCUACUCCACGAGAGGAGGGUGGGGACAGACGAAGGCGAGAGUCUGGCACAGGAGAUGUCUUGUGGGUUUGUCGAGACGUCUGCCAGCGAUGGCGGGGAGGAAAUAGCCGAGGUGUUCAAUGAGCUGCACAGGGACAUCAAGAGGAGGAAGAUGGUGGAGAGUAAGGGCAGGAGGCGCUCGUCUGCCCAGCAGGUCAAGCACGUGUUUAACCGGAUGUUGAACAAAAUCGGGAAUUCCUCUUGAUAUUUACAUGUUCUCUGUGAAAUGGCUUUCAUUGGGAUUUUUUCAUUCAAUGAAAUUUUCUGGCGUAUCUGACAAACAUUUAGUUUCUCAUCAUUAGUCAGUCACAUAAUGCAUAUGGCCACUGUCACAUAAUGCAUAUGUCACAGAAGAACUUUGGUUACUUCAUCACAAAACAGAAUACAACAUCACAGAAUAAAUUUGGCUACAGCACAAAACAAAUUAUCCCGCCACACUACCCUCUGAAAGAACACUAGGCCUACAAAAGCCUACAUAGAGAACUUGCCAUUAUCCCUCUACCACCGAUAUAAACCCAGACCUUGAUUUGGUUUGUUUAUGAUUUGUUGUUAAAGUGAUUGAAUGGAAGUUGUAAAUACACUGAAAUAUGAUGUUACUGCAUGACUAUCUAGUCCGUAAUUGUAUUAUAAUAAAUAAAAUUGUUACCUUCAUGAAAAGUAUUUAUUGUUUGACUUUAAUUUUG